AUGAACUCCGAAACAGAUUUGUCGCUAGUUGCAACAGCUACGUUUUCAACAUUUUUGAAUGAACAAGGUGCUAGCAUUGCAGCUUACUUUCCUGGGCAAACUAAUACCGCUUCUACAGCGUUACCGGCUAGCUAUAUAAGCCCAAUGUCCACUUCCACUACUGGAUGUCUAGCUUCCUUAACUCCUAUAGCCUCUGUCUCAGGUAAAAAAGCUGGCGUUGCCUACAAUGUCGGCAGUCUUGUCAUUCCUUUCGUUGGCAAGUCUAAGAUUGGCUGGGCUUACAACUGGGGUUCAAGUCCUGAAAAUAUUCCAAGCGGCAUUGAAUAUAUUCCUCUCUUAUGGGGAAACGGGCCAAUUUAUACCGAUUCGUGGACUCAAGAUGCAAACAAGGCUAUCAGUUGUGGUACAAGCGCUGUGCUCGGGUUUAACGAGCCGGAUCAUCCCCAGCAAGCGAACAUUGAUUUCAAUACCGCUGCCAUGGAUUAUAAGCAGUAUAUCACCUCGAACUUUGCUGGGAAGAUUAAGCUCGUUUCCCCAUCAGUUACUAAUGGCGCAGCCCCUAUGGGUCUCGCCUAUCUACAAAACUUCAUGGACUCGUGUAGCGACUGUCAAAUUGGAGCAAUAGCUAUUCACUGGUAUGACACAUCUACGAAUAUCCAAUAUUUUCAGUCGUACAUCCGACAAGCUUAUGAUCAAUUUAAGUUGCCCAUCUGGCUUACGGAAUUUGGGACCACAGAUGGUAAUGACACAUCAUUUCUCGAAGUUGUCCUGCCUUGGCUUGAUUCUCAGAGCUAUGUUGAGAGAUAUGCGUAUUUUAUGGCUGAGGAUGGCAUGCUCCUCAGCGGAAAUUCACUGAAUGCUGCGGGCCAAAUCUACGCAGGCUUAUAG